AUGAAAAAGUAUGGAGGAGGCGGUGGUCACAAUGGUAAGCGGCAGAAGAAUCAAGGGCUGUCGAACUUCUUUGAUGAGGAACCACAAGUGGAUAACGACGACAAAGAAGAAGAAUGCUGCAGCCCCAUCUCUCGAUUAAUACACCUUCUGGAGCUUUACUUAACUCUUUCCCUUCUUUUCCAACUGGUAGUGUUUACAGAUCUCCUACUUGAGGGUCUUGUGGCGGUGGCAGUUGGGGCUCAAGAGCGUAUCACAGGGUUGGCUGCUGUUUUGGUGUGCUUGAUGUCCUAUGGUUACACCACACACAUGCUGAGAUUGGCAAAUUUUAAGUGGGAUAUCUUGUGGCUUCCUUUUGGGCCAUUGAGUGCAUUAGGAUGGUUGGAAAGGAGAACUUCAAAGAGGAUGCUAAGCAGGGUUGUUGCUUGUGUUAUGGUGAUGGAAAUCGGCAUAGAAAGAGGAUUUGUUUCUGCUAUUGGUGACUUCAUAAUUAUGCACCAGCAGCUGCUGGCAUCUGUGUUCUUUACAUUUCAGCUUGGAACAAAAGCACAUUAUUAUGAAAGGACAAUUCUGCAUGGAGGCUCUAAAUACCGAGGCACUGGUUGGGGUUUUGUUGUUUGUCAUGCCAAAUUUUCUGAAAAUUACAGAUUAGCCCUGGGAGUAAUCCUAGGAGUAUCGUCUAAGAGGCAUCACUUAAUCCUGUUAACUUACUUCGCUUGUUCAGAAUUUUACUCUGAUGUUGGUCUUAUGUCUUUGUAUACAACAGGUGGUGUCCGUGGACAGAUGAAAAUUUGGUAUGGAUUUUCAGCUCAUGUUCAGGAUUCUGAAAGGACUGUUGUUCCUUGGUUUUUUUUAUCAGUCAUGAUUGUAUUAUUUAUGGUUGCCGGCCUUGUUUUAACUGAUAUAUUUGCAGCUAUCAUCGCCUUCAUGCCUACUGGAUGGGCACUUAUCCUACAUUUGGAUUGCCUGAAGAAAGCUAAAAUUUGGGAUUCAAUGAUGGAGUCGUCAAGAGCGUUCGGAUGCAGAAUGGGGCUCCUUAUAUUCAUUCCCAUUGUUGUUCUUUCUUGUUUCCUAGUCGUAUCAAAAUUCCAGACAAGACUUCUCUUCAACCAAGCAUUCAGUUGGGGCCUACAGAUUUCGAUGAUUCUGGCCGGGAUAAAAAAUAAAAAUGCAUAA